AAUAAGAGGGCUCGGCUCGUCAGUCAACUUAAAGGGAUUGGGAGACACCAGGAAUAUUUAUUGGACCUUGAAUUGCUGAUGGCUACCGUUGCCCAUAAAAGCCGCUGGUGGUUACCAAAGCGUUCCCGAUUAAUCGUGAAUGCUAAGGAAUAGUGCGCUGCUGCAUCCAGCGUUAAUUAUUAAUAGGCUAGCAUGACGGAAGGCAAGAACGUACCCAAUUCCAGUGCCGAUGUCCCGUUUCGCAGUAAGGAGCUGCGCAAGCAGUCGCUUAUCCAGCACACGGGAUUGGUGGGUGUCAUCGAUGAGGGUACUAAGACGAUUGGCUUCUCGAUUUAUACGACGCCCGAUUUCAAGGAAAUCGCGGCACAUCGCGUGGAACUUAGCGUGAUAACGCUACAGGAUGGCUGGUACGAGCAGGAUCCCAUGGAAAUGAUGGCCUCCAUUAACAAAUGCGCCGAGGAGGCCAUCAAACAGCUGCCGGAGCUGGGAUUUAGUGCGUCAGACAUAGCCACCGUGGGCAUUACCAAUCAGCGGGAGACGACCAUCGUCUGGGAUGCGGUGACGGGCAAGCCCCUCUACAAUGCCAUCGUUUGGAAGGAUAUACGCACCAGCAGUACCGUGGAACAAAUUGUGGCCAAGGUGCAGGACGUGAAUCACUUUAAACGGAGCACGGGUCUGCCCAUAUCCACGUACUUCUCAGCCCUGAAAAUUCGCUGGCUCAAGGACAACGUGCCCGAGGUGCGGCAGGCGUGUCGCGAGAAACGCUGCAAGGCCGGCACCGUAGACAGCUGGAUCGUCUGGAAUCUGACCAAUGGUGCACUGCACAUCACAGACGUGACAAAUGCGUCGCGCACUCUGCUGAUGAACUUGGAGACGCUGCACUGGGAUCCGGUGCUAUUGAAAACCUUCGCCAUCCGAGAGGAGAUGCUGCCCAGCAUACGCAGCUGCUCGGAGGUCUUCGGCAAGAUCACCUCCGACCGCAGCGCGUUGCGCGGACUUACUCUGAGCGGUAUCCUGGGCAAUCAGCAGGCCUCGCUUCUGGGCCAGAUGUGCGUGAAGCCGGGCCAGACGAAGAAUACGUAUCGUUCCGGCUGCUUUCUGCUGUGCAAUACGGGCGACAAGCCCGUCUUCUCGCGUCACGGUCUGCUCACCACGAUAGCCUACAAGCUGGGCCCCCAAGCGCCCACCAUCUAUGCGCUGGAGGGCUCCGUCUCGGUGGCCGGACAUGCGCUCUCCUGGCUGCAGCAGAAGGUGCGCCUACUGCCGGACUCGCGGGACGCCGAGAAAUACGCCGAGGCAGUGCCCACAUCGGGCGAUGUCUACUUCGUGCCGGCCUUUACGGGUCUCUAUGCCCCAUACUGGCGACAGAAUGCCCGCGGCAUCAUCAUCGGCCUGACACAGUUCACGCGCAAGAAUCACAUUGUGCGCGCCGCUCUGGAGAGCAUCUGCUUCCAGACGCGCGACAUACUGGAGUGCAUGCAUCAGGAGUGCGGCUAUGAGAUCAACAAGCUGCAUGCCGACGGCAAGCUGAUCACGAACAAUCUGCUGAUGCAGCUGCAGGCGGACACCGCGGGGCUGCCGCUGUUCCGCUCCCAGCUGAUGGACUCGACGGCCUUCGGUGCGGCCAUGUGCGCAGCCCAGGCGGAGGGCAUCAAUCUGUGCAAAUUCGAGCCGGAGAAGCGAUACUACGAGAACGUACACUACGACACAUUUUUGCCCACCACAACGGAGCACGAGCGCGCCGAACGCUAUGGCAAAUGGAAGCGCGCCGUCGAGCGCAGCCUGGGCUGGGUCAUCAAGCAGAAGAAGACGCGCACCCACACCGAGGAAAACUACAGGAUGUUGUCCUCACUGCCGGCGAGCAUCUUUCUCAUCAGCAGCUUUGCCAUGCUGGUGCAUUCCUUAUCGGCGACGGUCAAGUCAUAAAUAUUUAUAUCUUUUUUUUGUAUAUACAUGUAUAUAUAUAUAUAUAAGUAUAUAUAUGGCCCCGCCCCUUCGAGCCAUGACUGUUGCAUCGGUUUUUCGGUUGUGAUAAUUUUUAUUAUUUAAUGACAGAACCCGCUACCCAUAUGUAUAUAGCUAGCUGUUCCUGCUCUGCAAGAUCUUUUAAUUGGUUGCAUUCGCUUUAAAGUGUGUAAAUAGUUUAUGGACCCCUUUCCCCUUUGCCCCCUUUCCAUCUAGCUUAACACGAAUGUGUAUAAUCCAUGUACUUAUCUAAUCAUGUUCUGCUCUGCUCUGAUAAAUCGAAAACUUAAUCGAUUCACAAAAACACACAAUAUUUAUAUAUAACUUAUGUAUAUAGCCAGAGAGCGCAAAUGACUUUUGUAUAUUACUUAAGCACCAAAUAUGGGCAUGGGCUUUAGUUCAUAGCCUACAAAUAUACGAUUAUAUGAAA